AUGUCGGCCACCUCCACAUCCCUCCGUUCGUUCGCCAAUUCCUACUCUUCUUUCUCCUCCCGACCACAACCUCAACGAAUGGCCCAAUCUCAGACUCCUGGUUUGGACACGCUCGCGGAGGGUUCUCAGUACGCACUCGAGCAAUUACAGUUGGCCCGUCAGGCCAGCGCGUCCAACCCGCCCAUUGACGUCGAGAGCAAACCGAUUCACGAAAAUGAGUCGAUCGAGCCACAAUCAUAUCGCGAGACAACUGGCAACCAUCCGAUGGGCAGGGCAGCCUCACAAUCGCACGAUUCACUUGUAGACGCGCGGUCGGCCAUCCGAAAGAACUCCUCGACGUCGGCAGUCCGCCGCAGAAUCAGCCGAGCCUGCGAUCAAUGCAACCAGUUGCGCACCAAAUGCGAUGGACAGCAACCUUGCGCGCAUUGCAUCGAAUUUGGCCUCAGCUGUGAGUAUGCACGCGAGCGCAAGAAGCGUGGAAAGGCCUCGAAAAAGGACCUUGCUGCAGCCGCGGCGGUCGCAUCUUCCAACAGUGACAAAGGGCAGCACGAGGGUGGGCUGCCCACCAGCAACACCCGCAACACCCGCAGCACCAAAAUCAGCAGCAGCAGCAGCAGCAGCAACAACAAACUCCCUUGCGGAGUAAUGGGGCUGCAAGUCUGGCGAGAUUGCAGCAAACCCCACCCCGCCGCCGCGGGGCAUCCGCAGCAAGCGGUAGGAUCAGGGAUGGACGGACUGUCGCUCAGCUAUGCCAAUGUUCCUGAAUCAAAUCGACCGUCCAUGCCCGUUCCCGAUAUGCGUUCACUCCAAAUGAUGCAACAGAAUGGGAACCCACGAUCUCCAGCCCCGGUGCUUCACUCGCAAGGGUUCGGAUCAGGAUACCAUGAUGGCCAAUACUCGUUGUUGAACACACACGAUGCCAAUGCGACCUCGGUCAGCCAUUUUCGACUCGGCGGUACAGCGGAAAACCCAGCGGCCCCCUUCAUGGGAUUCUCGCCACCAGCGCAGUCACCGAGCUGGCUCCCACUCCCACCACCAUCCCCUGCCAAUUUCCCGUCCUUCAGUAUGGCGCCCUUUGCUACUUCUCUAAGAUACCCCGUGUUACAGCCAGUUCUCCCGCACAUCGCGUCUAUCAUCCCUCAGUCUCUUGCGUGUGAUCUUCUGGACGUAUAUUUUACCAGUUCAUCCUCCUCACACAUGUCGCCGUCGUCGCCCUACGUUGUGGGCUUUGUAUUUCGCAAGCAGUCAUUCCUGCAUCCCACUAAGCCGAGAGUCUGCAGUCCCGGCUUACUAGCCAGCAUGCUGUGGGUCGCAGCUCAAACGAGCGAAGCAGCGUUCUUGACUUCACCGCCAUCAGCGAGAGGACGGGUCUGUCAGAAGCUGCUCGAGCUGACGGUCGGUUUGUUGCGGCCUCUCAUCCACGGUCCUGCCACGGGCGAGGCAUCGCCGAACUAUGCGGCCAACAUGGUGAUCAAUGGUGUUGCUCUUGGAGGAUUUGGAGUCUCAAUGGACCAACUAGGCGCACAGAGCAGCGCGACCGGGGCGGUGGAUGAUGUUGCCACCUAUGUCCACCUCGCGACAGUGGUGUCGGCAAGCGAGUAUAAGGCUGCUAGUAUGCGAUGGUGGACUGCGGCGUGGUCACUCGCUCGUGAGCUCAAGCUAGGCCGUGAAUUACCUCCGAAUGCCAGCAAUCGUCAGGAGGGCGAGAUUGAGGGAGAAAACGAUUUGGAUAUGAAUGGGAACAAGAGGCAAUCAAAUCCGCUUCUUAACGCCAUGGGCGGCCAUGGAUCCGGAAGCUCCUCAAUCAAUCUUACUGAAGAGGAGCGAGAAGAGCGCCGCCGCAUCUGGUGGCUUCUAUAUGUGAUGGAUCGACACUUGGCGCUGUGCUACAAUCGCCCCUUGACCUUGUUGGACAAGGAAUGCGAAAGCCUGCUACAGCCUAUGAACGAUGACCUCUGGCAAGCUGGCGAUUUCUCGGCUGCAAGCUAUCGCCGCGCUGGCCCAGCUUUUGAGUGUACCGGCCAUAGUACAUUUGGUUACUUCCUGCCACUCAUGUCUAUCCUUGGAGAAAUUGUGGACUUGCAGCAUGCCCGAAACCACCCUCGGUUUGGCCUACAUUUCAGAAACAGCGGUGAAUGGGAGAGCCAAGCCAUCGAGAUCACUCGACAGCUGGACGUCUAUGCGCAAAGUCUCAAAGAAUUUGAAGCACGCUAUACCAGCUCGCUGGCUCUAGGUGGAGAUAAUGAUACAACGAUGGAGGGUGCGCACAUCAAUCACAUGAGUCCCUCUGGUCGGUCGAACAGUAGUACGGUUGGGUCACAUGUGAACGAGUCCAUUGUCCACACUCGAAUGGUUGUCGCUUACGGGACGCAUAUCAUGCAUGUGCUCCAUAUUCUCCUCGCAGGAAAAUGGGACCCGAUCAACCUUCUGGACGACAACGAUCUAUGGAUCUCUUCCGAUUCAUUUAUCACCGCAAUGGGGCAUGCGGUCAGUGCAGCCGAAGCGGCUGCCGAUAUAAUCGAGUAUGACCCGGACUUGAGUUUCAUGCCCUUCUUCUUCGGCAUCUACCUGCUUCAAGGCAGUUUCCUCCUUCUUUUGACGGCCGACAAAUUGCAGGGUGACGCGAGUCCCAGUGUCGUCCGAGCCUGCGAGACAAUUGUGCGCGCACAUGAAGCAUGUGUCGUGACAUUAAACACAGAGUAUCAGGUAUGUUACACAACCUGCGCUCUUUUUCACUUUUAG